AUGACAGUCUUUGAGUUGGACAUCGUGGCCAGCAGGUUCCGCUUCACAGAGGCAUGUGUGGGGGUGCUGGGCUGCUUUUUCGUGGGGUACUCGGUGUGGACACCCUCCUGGCUGGGGGACAGGGGACUGUGGAUGCCAGAGAAUGCCUCUGUCCUGGAUGACACUGACUGGACAGGAGGAACCAUUUUCAAAGCUCUGGAGGCGGAGCGUGUGUUUGCUGUGUUGUCUUUCCUCAUGGCCAUCGCCUCGGGGGUCCUGUGCCUCGUAUUUGCCCUCUGCUGGACGUCCGAGACAGUGCGCUCCUACUCCAACACCCGCUCCCUGCUUAUGGCAGGACAGGCGCUGUUCCCCACCACCCUCAUGCUCAUCACUCUUGUGCCGACAGGGUUCUUCUUCCUGCUUUGCUGGUCUCUCUUCACCUGCCAGCACUGGGCAGAGAUCAGUGCUGACCUCAGCCAGCUGGGCUCAUCUUAUUGGCUGGGGGCAGUGGGAUGGGCUCUCCUAUUGGCCAUUCUCCCUGUGGUGUUCCUUGUGGAGCAGUGUAUGGUUCCGGACCCCCUGCAGGACCUGAUGAAGUCUGCAGAGACCUGGUGGCAUGCGAAGGUGCCACCCACGUAUGGAACACGCUCCUUCAGCGAGGGGCACUUUCACGGGGACCAGGGUAUCACCAGGAGCCAGAAGCGUUACAUGUCUCUGCCCUGA